GAUUAUUUCUCCUGUGUAUUAUGAAAAGUUAGCGUUAUUAUUUCAUUUACUGUUUAUGUUUAUAUUUCCAUACGCCCUUACCACCAAAAACAGAUUGCCUUUUACAUCGUAUGAAGUUAAAUCGGUUAUAAAAUGAAUGCGUUGAAGGAGGAGGUCAAAGAAGAGACACUUAUAACCUUAGAAGAUUUCCCAUUCAUUUGUCGAAUUUGUUGUUUGAAGCGAAGCGAUUUGAGACCCUUUGAUGAGGAACACUACUUAUUUGAUCUAUUCCGUGUCAUUAGGAAAAUUGCUGCAAACUCCACAAAUUCUACGACAAAUUUGCCUGAAAACAUAUGCAAUGAAUGCGUCGUUAAACUAGAAGACAUAUCACUGUUCAUUGAUAUCUCGAAGUCUAAUAACCACAGCACAGGAAUAAACUCUACAACGGUGAAAAAGGAAAACGAAUGCAAAGACGUGGUGGAACUAACUCAAGAGGAUGAAGUGAGGCCUACUGAUGAACACCAAGACGAUAUAUCUCUUCCUGAAGUUCCAGCUUGUCGAAUUUGUUUGUCUCCGAAUGGCGUGACUAUUUUUCAAGAGAAACCUCAGAUGGUGCAACUGUUCAAGGAUCUAACGGACAUUGAUGUAACACACAUCAAUUCACAGAAUGGUGACAGAAUAUGUGACACAUGUUCUGAUAAACUAGAAGAAAUAUCAUCGUUCAUUGAUCUAUUACUGUUCAAUAAUGGCCUACUAGAAAAUAUCCUUUGUGGAAAUAAUGCUGUGGAAACUGAAAGCUACUUAGACUCGAGUAAUGUGGAUUUACCAACUUGUAAUGAUGUGAAAUAUGACAUAGUCUCUGAUGAGAUAUAUUUGAAAUUGGAGAAAGAACAUAAGAUCAUUGAUAUCAAAGAAGAUAUCAAUGGAAUCAAAGAUGAAGCUGCUUAUGGUCGGAAUCACCUCAGUAAAACAGAAGUUGAUGCUAGUGCAAUCCUUCCAGAAGAGUUGUUCCAGUGCCAUUACUGCGAAAUGAAAUUUGCUCAAGAAAGUUAUUUUCAACGCCAUUUGCGCACUCAUACAACUGACAAACCAUUCGAAUGUGAAGUGUGCAGAAAAAGUUUUGAUACAGAACCGGUUAUGAAAAGGCACAUGUUAACUCACAUGAAAAAAAAAACUUAUGAAUGUCAUUAUUGUGAAAAAAGUUUUACAAGAAAAAAGAAUUUACAGGGCCAUUUGCAUAUUCAUACUGGAGAUGGACCUUUUGAAUGCAAUGUUUGUCAAAAGAAAUUCGGUCUGAAAGAAAUUUUGAAACGGCAUUUGGUACUUCAUUCUGACAAAGGACAAUUUCAGUGUCAACACUGUGAUAAGAGAUUCUUUUAUGAAGAUAAUUUGAGAAAACAUACAUUGACUCACACAGGUGAAAAACCGUUUGAAUGUAAUGUGUGCGGAAUUAAAUUUAGACACAAACAGAGUAUGAAAAACCAUAAGUUGCUUCAUACUCGUACAGGUGAAAAACCGUUUGAAUGUAAUGAGUGCGGAACUAAAUUUACAUUGAAACAGAGUAUGAAAUACCAUAUGUUGCUUCAUACGGGGGAAAAGAAAUUUAAAUGUCAAUACUGCCAAAAAAGUUUUUCAAGGCAUUUUGCUUUAAAGACCCAUUUGCAUCGUCAUACUAAAGAUAAACCUUUUAAAUGCAAUAUUUGUCAAAAGAAAUUCGGUAUGAACGUAUAUUUGAAACGGCAUUUGCUAAUUCAUUCUGAUGAAAGACAAUUUCAGUGUCAUAACUGUGAUAAGAAAUUCUCUCAAAAAGUACAUUUGAAAAGACAUAUAUUGACUCGUACAUGUGAAAAACCCGUUUGAAUAGAAUGUAAUGUGUGCAAAGUUUUGCUCAUAAACGAUUACUAGAUAAAGAUGUCGAUUAGAGAAAUCGAUUUUUAAACAUUUUUUGAUUGAGUAUUUCUUGUAUUGGCAUAGAUAUUUGGAUGACGUAUUGGUAUGUUUCACAGGUACUAAGAGAAAAUUAGAUGAUAUUUUUCAUAGGCAUAUUAACAAAAUUCAUGAAGAAUUAAAUUCACUAAUGAAGUAGAAGCAGUAACAAUUAGUAGAAUGAAUAACAAAUAUGAUUUUUCAACAUGAUAAUAAUAAUAAGUUUCGCCAACUAA